CGCCCCGUUUUGGGCCUAGCAGAUCUCCCUGCAGCCUCCUGGGACCAAAAACAGGCCCUAACACAGCACCCUAUUGUGCCCAGCUUCAUAAGAGGUGCAACUAGCUUGAAGUCUCUGACAGCGCACCAGUUUCCCACCUGGGAACUACCUACCAGCAAAGUCUUUCUUCUCCCCAGUCUUUCAAGACAGUUCACAAUUACUGACAAUUAUCAGGCUUGGAGAGUGGCCAGGCCGAUAUCUUUCAGAUGCUGCAAUACUUGGCAAGAAUGCAGGAAUGAACUAAAUUGCCUCCUGCAAACUCCACUCCCCUUUUGCUCCUCUUUUAUUCCCUCUGGAAAGGGCCAUUCACCGUCCACCUGUGGCCUUACUCCUGAGUCGACCCUUGUUCUUUAGUUGUUCCCUUCGUUUGGCAACUCUGCGCAUGCAUGCGCACACUGGGAAACAGGUUCCAGCUGUUCGUCUGCCUCACUGAUGUCUGACUCCAAAGGCAGCUAGUAACUGGGAAACGGCCCUGGCCCCCUCUCUGCCUCGGAUGCAGAGCCCUUGUCUGAGCCUUCCCCAGACUCCAGGACUGGCCCACAUUCCUCCCCAACCUCCUCACUGUCUGAAUCUGCUGCCAGAUCCGCUGGCUGCUGGCGAGCCAUGAUACAUGCAUCGCCAAACUUUGGGCGCUUCCGUUGCCUUGGCAAGUGACAGCCCACUCCACGAGAAGCGCGGCCACGAAGGCAGCGUGGGCCACACAGGCCUCCUAUCGAGAUAUGCAGAGCUGGAUGCCUUCGCUUCGGCUGAAGCGGCUUUCAGCAGACAAGUUGUCCAGAAAGUCUAUGCAGAUUCGGGGGCUCCGGACCGCUGCCCACCCUUACGAUGCGCCAGAUUUGGUUGGGGUUGGAUGUUUGUACCAUCCUCCGCUUAUCCGGGCCUCUGAAAGAGCAGUACGCAAAGGAACACGGCCUGGAUUUCCAGCGGCUUUUAGAUGCCACCGAUUACAAGGAACUUUAUCGGGAAGACAUGAUCCGUUGGGGGGAAGAGCGACGCCAAAGCGAUCCCGGUUUCUUUUGCCGCAUUGUGGUGGAAGGCGUAACGCAACCCAUCUGGAUCGUGAGCGACACCCGGAGGUCCUCGGACGUGGAAUGGUUCCGUGACGUGUACGGGGACCUGGUUCAAAUCGUGCGGGUGAUCGCCACGGAGGAGACCCGGAGAAGACGGAACUGGGUGUUCGUGGCAGGAAUUGACGACGCGGAAUCCGAGUGCGGGUUAGACCAAGGCGUCCCCUACGACUGGGUGGUCACCAACGACGGAGACCAGUUGUCCUUGGACGCCCAGUUGGAGAAGCUGCUCCAGUUUAUCCAGAGCAAAAUUUAGGAAACUGCUGGGUUUCCCCAUUUGUCUCUCUCUUUCUCUCUCUCCCCCCACCCCUCCGUAGCUCUUUUGGGGAGGGGGCUUAGGCUGGGGCUCUUGGCUGAAGGACCCAAGAGGAGUGAAGAUGUUGGAGGAGGAGGAGGAGGAGGUCCUUCCCAUACAAGGAGACCCCUGGCAAGGGACCAUCACAUCACAUUAAACUUUGCUGUACAGCUUCCUUCCUGGAAUGGAGACGCCACUCCAGAAAAUGCCAUAAUCCAGUGCCGGUUUUUCUUCCUUCUCUCUCUCUCUCUCUCUCUCUCUCUCUCUCUCUCCCUCCCUCCCUCCCUCCCUCCCUC